UUUCACACUGCCUCCCUGAACUGGACCAUGACCCAGCUCAUCUCUAGAGUGUUCCAUCGAGUCCGCUCAGUGCCUGACUUGGGCACAUCUCUAAACUCCAGAGGCUCUGACUCAGCACCUCAGAGCCUGGCAGACAUCCCUGGCCCCUCCAUGCCUAAAUUCCUGGCUGAACUUUUCUGCAAAGGGGGGCUGUCAAGGCUCCAUGAGCUGCAGGUACAGGGCGCGGCACGCUUUGGCCCCGUGUGGUCAGCCAGCUUCGGGAAGGUGCGCACAGUGUACGUGGCAGCUCCCGCACUCAUCGAGCAGCUGCUGCGACAGGAGGGGCCCCUGCCUGAACGCUGCAGCUUCUCAUCCUGGGCGGAACACCGCCGCUGCCACCAGCGGGCUUGCGGGCUUCUCACCGCGGAAGGCGAGGAAUGGCAGAGGCUCCGCAGCCGCCUGGCCCCACUCCUCCUUCGGCCUCAAGCAGCCGCUGACUAUGCCGAACCCCUGGACAACGUGGUCUGUGACCUUGUGCGACGACUAAGGCGCCAGCGGGGGCGCGGUGCUGGGCCGCCCGCCUUGGUUCAGGACGUGGCGGGAGAGUUUUACAAGUUUGGACUUGAGGGCAUAGCCGCGGUGCUACUGGGUUCGCGUCUGGGCUGCCUGGAGGCUCAAGUGCCCCCGGAUACAGAGACAUUCAUCCGAGCGGUGGGGUCGGUGUUCGUGUCCACACUGCUGACCAUGGCAAUGCCCAGCUGGCUGCAUCGCUUUGUGCCUGGACCCUGGAAUCGCCUCUGCCGAGACUGGGACCAGAUGUUCGCAUUUGCCCAGCAGCAUGUGGAGCGGGGAGAGGCCGAGAUAGCCAGGAGGAACCAGGGAAAGCCGGAGGAGUUCAUGCCGCCGCAGUCUGGGGCACACCUGACCUAUUUUCUUUUCCGGGAGAAGUGGCCUGUCCAGUCCAUCCUAGGGAAUGUGACAGAGCUUCUACUGGCUGGAGUGGACACGGUGUCCAAUACACUCUCCUGGGCCUUGUAUGAGCUCUCCCGGCAUCCUGAAGUCCAGAUGGCUCUCCACUCUGAGAUCUCAGCUACCCUGGGCCCGGGCUCCUGUGUCCACUCCCAAGUCAGUGCUCUGGCCCAGCUGCCCCUAUUGAAGGCCGUGGUCAAGGAAGUACUAAGAUUGUAUCCUGUGGUACCUGGAAAUUCCCGAGUUCCAGACAAAGACAUUCAUAUGGAUGAAUAUAUUAUCCCAAAAAAUACACUGGUCACUCUGUGUCACUACGCCACUUCGAGGGACCCUGCCCAGUUCCCAGAGCCAAAUUCUUUUCGUCCAGCUCGCUGGCUGGGUCACAGCCCAGCCCCCCACCCAUUUGCAUCUCUUCCCUUUGGCUUUGGCAAGCGCAGCUGCAUUGGAAGACGAUUGGCAGAGCUUGAGUUGCAAAUGGCUUUGGCCCAGAUUCUGACUCAUUUUGAGGUGCUGCCUGAGCCAGGUGCUCCUCCAGUCAGACCUAUGACCCGGACAGUCCUGGUACCUGAAAGAAGCAUCAAUCUACAGUUUGUGGACAGAUAGCCAUUAGAAGGAAGAUGUCAUCAUUACCUCAUCUCAUCACAGGGCUUUAUUAAGCACAAGACUAAGAGAUUCACCUUCCGCUUGAGGCUUUCUGACCAAAGUGGGUGGAAUAGCCAUGGCAAAUUGAAGUAUGAAUUUGACCUGACUCUGCAGGACCAGAGAAAACAUGCUCUCUCCACCUGCUCAGCUCUUCUCCUGGUCAUUAAUGCAGCCUUCAAAGGCCAACUCAAACUUCAACUUCUAAUGCUGGCUAGAUAGAAGGACUGAACCACCUCUUUUGGUUCUUCUACUGCAUUCAGUGAUGCUGCUAGCUAAGCAUUUAUUGUGCAUAAGCCACGUAACUGCAUCUGAUCCGCACCUGAUUGGUUUUCCCUCUAAGCAUGUGAGCUCUUUGAAAGAAAGGAUGAAGUAUUAUUUAUAUUUAUAUCCCCAGUCAAGGGCUAUCUUAACUAAGUGACAUCAUACACAUUUUCACACUGAAUCUGGACCAUGUGGCAGAAGCGGUAAGCAGCAUACCAGACUGUCUACCCUCUUCUUUCUUCAUCUUCCCCCUAGGGAUCUGGCCUAGCCUGGUUUGAUUUUUUAAAAAAAUCUCUCUGGUUGCUGGGGAUGUAGCUCAGCAAUAGAGCACUUGUCUGAAUCCCCUUUGGUUCUCUGACCAAGUGGGCCUGACCCAUCCCUUAGUUCCCAGGCAGAGGUAUCUCAGGGCCUGUCCUUGCCCAGACCUCUUCCUUUUUUUUUUUUUUUUUUUUUUUUUU